AUGUACGGCCUUCGACACAAGAAGCUUACACGCAAGAAGGAUGCAGGAAGUGGUGGGAGCAACCAAAUAGGACAUAGUCAUAGUGGUAUUCAGUCCAAAAGGGUUGCUGCUAGCAACUCUAAAAGGAUGGGUGCUACUAAUACUAGGAAGAGUGCUGCUGCUGCUGCUGUUGGGAGCACUGAAAGGGGUAGUACUGCUACUGCUAGGAGUGCUGGAAGGGACCGUACUACUGCUGUUGGGAGUGAUGAAAUGGGUAGUGCUGCUGCUGCUGCUAGGAGUGCUAGGAGUGCUGGAAGGGGUAGUGAUGCUGCUGUUGGGAGUGAUGAAAUGGGUAGUGCUGCUGCUGCUGCUAGGAGUGCUGGAUGGGUCGUACUACUGCUUGAUGCUGCUGCUGCUGGGAGUGCUGGAAGGGGUAGUGAUGCUGCUGUUGGGAGUGAUGAAAUGGGUAGUGCUGCUGCUGCUGCUAGGAGUGCUGGAUGGGGUCGUACUACUGCUGUUGGGAGUGAUGAAAUGGGUAGUGCUGCUGCUGCUGCUGCUAGGAGCACUGGAAGGGGCCAUACUACUGUUGUUGGGAGUGAUGAAACGAGCAGUGAUGCUGCUGCUGCUGGGAGUGCUGGAAGGGGCCGUACUGCUGCUUUUGGGAGUGAUGAAAUGGAUAGUGUAGCUGCUGCUGCUGCUGGGAACACUGAAAGAAGCAAUGUUGACAUGAACAUUGAAAAGACAGUUGCUGCUGCUAGGAACACUUAA